GCUAGCACAUGACAACACAGACACUCAGAGGAGAAGAACACAGACAGAGAGUGGCUGAAUCCCUCCCAGCUUCCAGCACUUUAUGAGAGAUUGACAACUGCUGUUGAUGUCUCAGAGGAAAUGUGUUCCGCAUCAGUGUGCUGAGAUAAUGGAUGCAUCCCGACUUCUCGUCCUCAUCUUUGUGGUGAUGUCAACAUUCAAUUGUUCAGAUACAGCAGAGCUCCAGUGUGAGGACAAUGAUGCCUACAUAUCCCUGGUUGAAGGAGAAGCAUUAUAUUUUGUCCAUGACGCUCCGGCUGAGAGCACCUUAUACAACCAAGAGUUACAAUGGUACAAAAACAACUCCAGGAUUGAAUAUAUCUCGUAUGACGAGAAAGAGAGGAUACAUCUCCAUGGUGGAGCGAUAUUUUUCUUAAAUGUUGUCCCCGGGGACUCUGGCCUCUACACUGCCCGGCAUAUAGAACAAAACGGAGAGUGCAGCAACUACAAUGUAGAAGUGGAGGUCUUAGAAGUGAGUGAACGAGAGAACCCCAAACUGUACGGACAAAUCAGGAACACCAACCAGAACAAGAAUGUCGGCUGUCCACGUCGUGUCAGAGAAACAUGUAUCAAGUUUGGAGGAAACUUCACCUGGUACAAGGACUACAGUCUUCUUCAAGGUCGCCAUGAAGACAACAUGUGGGUUGAAAAUGCCAGCAAACAAGAUGAGGGCAUCUACACUUGCAUUUGUACCUGGAGGCACAAUGACAGGGCGUACAACACGUCAGGCUCCAGGAGGCUAGUAGUUCCAGAUCCAGCUUCUUACCCUGGUGUAGAAAUCCUCUCUCCUAUAAACAAGGAGCAGUUUGCAGAUGAAAGUAGGAAAGGCUUGGAGCUCAAGUUGAACUGCACAGUUUUCUGUGGGAGUAAUGUCAAAGAUUGUACAGCUAGCUGGUAUGUUAAUGGAGACCCAGUCAACCAGAUGGCCGGAUACAAUCAAACCACCAAACAAAUCAUGGAGAGGCCUUCAAAGAACACCAUCACCACUGCGAUCCUGACCAUUAAAAAAGUGUCGGCAAAGGAUUUUCAGGCUGAAUUCAAAUGCAGCGGCAGAGGUUUUUACACAGCCAAAUCAGCCACUUUAACGCUGAAGCGGAGAGCGUCAAUAACUUCGUUGGUUAUUAGAGCCGUGUGUGUGUUGCUCCUGUGUGUGUUUGCUGCUGUGCUGGUGAAGUGCUUUGCUGUCGACCUCGCACUCUUGUUCAGACCCUGCUUCCAUCUGAGGAGUCACAAGAAAGAUGCGAGGAUGUACGACGCUUACGUGGUCUACCAGAUGCAGAAGAUGGACAAGGUCACUGAGAACACACUCUGUCAGUUCAUCACACAGGUUCUACCCUCCGUCCUGGAGGAAAAGUGUGGAUAUCGACUCUUCAUCCAAGGGAGGGAUGACAUACCUGGAGAAGACCACGUGGAGCUGGUGGAGAACAACAUGAAGCAGAGCAGAAGACUGAUGGUGAUCCUCACCCCAGGUUCAGGAUCAGGCUCUGAAAUCACUGACCAACGUCCUGACUCGCUCCGUGAGUCAGUGAUAGGAGGGUUUGACUGGCAGGUUGGGCUCCACCAUGCUCUGGUGCAGAGGGAGAUGAGUGUGAUUCUGAUCCAGCUGGGAGACACUGGGCCACAGGGAUACACACACCUCCCCAUUGGCCUGCAGCAUUUGAUUCGAAAAAGCGCCCCCAUCAGGUGGCCAGAGGGUUCGCGGGAUGCUGCUGCGUGUAACUCACGCUUCUGGAAGAGAGUUCGAUACCUGAUGCCGGCCACACCUGCCAAGAGGUGUCCACAGUAUGCUCUCAUUUGAGAUAAAGAAGAGCUGUCUGGAGUUUUUACAGGAUCUCACUGCUCACUUUAGGAGACUCAUCUAUGUGCUGCUGUUUGUGUUUAUUGUGCUUUUUCUGUGGAAUUUUGUGAUAUUCUCUGCUCUCUCCUAAUGACUUGAAGUUGCCCACUUAACUCAGGUAGUCUGAGUCCUUUACGGUUUUGUUGUGAACUUUUAUUGUGAAAUGUAUGUGUCCUAGUGGCAGCAUCUGACAGAGGCUACACAUUCAUAUCCAUUCCUAAUUGUUCAAGUAUUAAACCAAUAUGGUGUGUUUAAAUACAGAGUAUGUAGUUCUGUAAAUAAAGGCUCCACUACUUUAGUUUAUGAGGACGCACAGCAUAAAUACAAUUUGCUGAAGAUAAACAUUAACAAUGUUAUUAUUCUAAAGAAAAAGGGUGAGAAGUUGUAAGAAAAUACUUUUAUAAUUUCAAUGUGUUUUAAAUACAAGAAAUUGUUUUUUGUUUCUUGUGCUUCAUCCUUUUUGACUUGCUAACAUGACCAUUUGUUUUGGUGAGAUAUAUAUAAUAUUAUUAUUCAGUUACUUUUUUUAAAUGAUAAAUUAUUUUAAAUGUUUUCCUUCUCCUGUUGGAUUGACCUUGUAGUGGAAAAUUGCACUGACCAGUGUCUAAGGUAGUGGAAAUCCCCCUGACCAGGUGUCUCACUGCUGUGAUACUGUCUACCUGACAGGAUGGAACCCUUAUUUGGCGGUGUCUCACUGCUAUGACCUUG